AUGUCAAGCCCAUGCGAGCUAAGCCUAGUCUUGCCAAGCCUAUUCAGGCAAGUACGGAUCAGCCCAGCUCAACCCCACUCCACCCAACCCAACCCAACUGCAAGCCCAGCCCAUCCCAGCCCACCCCACCCUAUGCAAGUCCAGACGGCCAAGCCCAGCACAUCACAUCCAAACAACAUCCGAUCCACAUCUAACCAACCCCAUCAAAACCCAGCACAGCCCAGUCAACAAGGCCAACCUACCCCAUCCCAACCCAAGCCAACCCUACCAAGCCCAGCCUAUCUCAGCCCACCCCAACCCACCCUAUGCAAGUCCAGACGGCCCAGCCCAGCACAUCACAUCCAAACAACAUCCGAUCCACAUCCAACCAACCCCAUCAAAACCCAGCACGGCCCAGCCAACAAGUCCAACCUACCCCAUCCCAACCCAAGCCAACCCUACCAAGUCCAGCCUAUCCCAGCCCACCCCAACCCACCCUAUGCAAGUCCAGACGGCCCAGCCCAGCACAUCACAUCCAAACAACAUCCGAUCCACAUCCAACCAACCCCAUCAAAACCCAGCACGGCCCAGCCAACAAGUCCAACCUACCGCAUCCCAACCCAAGCCAACCCUACCAAGUCCAGCCUAUCCCAGCCCACCCCAACCCACCCUAUGCAAGUCCAGACGGCCCAGCCCAGCACAUCACAUCCAAACAACAUCCGAUCCACAUCCAACCAUCCCCAUCAAAACCCAGUACAGCCCAGCCAACAAGUCAAACCUAACCCAUCCCAACCCAACCCAACCCAACUCGACCCAAUCCUGGACUUAAUCCAAUCCUUAAACCCUACCCCAACCCCAUCCUGCUGA